GUUGCUUUCGUCCCCAACGUGUGAGGAUGGGAAAAGGAAACCAUUAGAAUCGUGUUGAAGGAAGAUCCAUGACCCCUCGCUCACAUAGCUAUUCGUUUUGCAGACCUCAUCAAAUCGAGCCUCCAUUCUUCUCUUCUCAACCCAACACGCCACAAUCGCCGACAACCUUGUCGUCUCUCUUCAACGAUUCAAAAUUGAUAUCAUGCGAAACUGCAGCCUCAACAACACAACCAUUCGGAUUACCAUGUUUUGAUUCCUCGAUCCGACACAUUCCUAAGAGUAGGAAUUCGGAGGUGUCGACGCGGUUGCCUUUUGAAUUGGUAAUGUGUGUAGGUUUCUAGCUUUUUCGAGAUGGCGUGGUUUAAUAAUGCGAAGACUUCAUGGGGGAACUUCCCUGAUUUGGCGGGAGCUGUGAAUAAGCUUCAGGAGAGUGUUAAGAGUAUCGAGAAGAAUUUCGAUACUGCUCUCGGCUUCGAAGAGAAGUCUGAAUCCAGCAAUGAUGGUGGCAAUGAAGCUUCAGGGUUAUGGCCUGCAUCGGCUGACACGAAAAACCUAUUUAAUCCUGUUAUGGCCUUUAUGGGGAACAAAACUGAGGAAAAUAGUGAAGAAACAUCUGAUGAUGUUGAAUCCUCUCAGAAAGAAUCUGAAAUUGACAAUUCAGUGGAAAAAGGAGAGUCUCCGGAUCAUAUUCCUGUGGCCGAGGGAAAAGAAGCGUCAGAAGAGGAAAACGUAGUCCAUGUGGAAGCUGAAGAAACCACUUCUCGAGAAGAAAAUGAAGAACAUAAGGUAGAAGUUGGUGAGCAUACAGAGCCAGCUGAUGGAACAACCACGCAGAAUUUGGACCAGGAGAAGGAUGAAGACCAGUUACCUGAGAUGCCUGUUGAAUUGCCUGAAUCCCCUGUUCAGAAGUUUGAGAGUUUGGAUUCUGUGGAUGGUUCUCAAGAGAAAGAGAUUGCUGAAGUGGGAACCUCAGAAAGUCCAGUGUCGAUGCAACCCAUGGCUCCUGAUCUUGCAGAUGAUGUAGUUGAGGGUAGCACCAGUGAGCCCGGUGAGUCACAUACUAUUAGUGAUGUGCAUGAAAAUAUUCAAGUUGAGACUAAAGAUGAGAAUACAGAAGAGACAGUGCAAAUAGAAGAAAGCGGAGAUAGAUUUUCUUCUGUACAACCUGAAGAAUCUAGUGAUACUGAGAAAACAGAUGAAACAAGCACUCAUGUUCUACAUUCUGUGGCUCCUGAGACAACCGAUAACAUUGAUCAAUCACAUAAUGAGUACUUGUCAGGUGCCACUCCACCAAAUGAUUUGGUUUUGCAUGAAAAUGAAAGGAACCUUGAAUCUUCUGAUGCAGUAUCUGAUCUGGUUUCACAUGAAAAUGAAACAACUAUUGAAGAAAAUGAAACCGAUCAUAUUGCCAAUAAUGUUGAAACUGACAUGAAAGAGCAGCAUUUGAGUUCUGUAGGAGAUAUGCACGACUCAGAUUCCGCGGUUGAACUAGACAGGGUGAAGAGGGAUAUGAAAAUGAUGGAGGCUGCUCUACAAGGUGCUGCAAGACAAGCUCAGGCCAAAGCUGAUGAGAUUGCAAAAUUGAUGAAUGAAAAUGAACAAUUGAAAGCUUUGAUUGAGGAUCUCAAGAGAAAAUCCAAUGAGGCAGAAGUCGAGUCUUUGCGAGAGGAAUACCAUCAAAGGGUUACCACUCUCGAGAGAAGGAUUUAUGCUCUCACUAAGGAAAGGGAUACUCUACGCCGAGAGCAGAAUAAGAAAAGUGAUGCAGCUGCUCUCUUGAAGGAAAAGGAUGAAAUAAUUAAUCAAGUUAUGGCAGAAGGCGAGGAGCUUUCCAAAAAGCAGGCUGCUCAAGAAUCUACAAUUAGGAAACUAAGGGCUCAGAUUAGAGAUUUUGAGGAGGAGAAGAAGGGUUUGACUACUAAACUUCAGAUAGAGGAGAAUAAAGUAGAAAGUAUCAAGAGGGACAAGACAGCUACAGAGAAGUUGUUGCAAGAAACAAUAGAAAAACAUCAAAAUGAACUUGCAGCACAAAAAGAAUAUUAUACCAAUGCUUUGGCUGCUGCUAAGGAGGCUGAAGCAUUAGCAGAGGCUCGUGCCAACAAUGAAGCAAGAACUGAGCUAGAGAGUCGUCUAAGGGAAGCUGAAGAACGCGAAUCUAUGCUUGUCCAGACACUCGAAGAAUUGAGGCAAACAUUAAGUAGAAAGGAACAACAGGCAGUCUUCAAAGAAGAUAUGCUUCACAGAGACAUCGAGGAUCUUCAAAAACGUUACCAGGCAAGUGAAAGAAGGUGCGAGGAACUGAUUACACAAGUUCCAGAAUCUACAAGGCCGCUUUUAAGACAAAUUGAAGCCAUGCAGGAGACAAAUGCCAGAAGAGCUGAAGCUUGGGCUGCAGUAGAAAGAAGUCUCAAUUCUCGACUUCAGGAAGCAGAGGCUAAAGCUGCAACUUCAGAGGAAAGAGAGCGAUCAGUGAAUGAACGAUUAUCUCAAACCUUGUCUCGAAUUAAUGUCCUUGAAGCUCAGAUAUCAUGUCUUAGGGCGGAACAGACACAAUUAAGUAGGACCCUUGAAAAGGAGAGACAAAGGGCAGCUGAAAGUAGACAGGAAUAUCUUGCAGCAAAGGAGGAAGCGGACACACAUGAAGGUCGUGUGAGACAACUUGAGGAGGACAUUAGAGACUUAAGGCAGAAACACAAGCAAGAGUUGCAGGAGGUAUUGAUGCACAGGGAGCUUCUUCAGCAGGAGAUAGAAAAAGAAAAGGCUGCUCGAGCAGAUCUGGAGAGGACUGCCCGCGUUCAUUCUGCACAAACUCCCACAACAAAGCUAAACUCUGCUUUUGAAAAUGGCAACCUGUCUCGGAAAGUCUCUAGUGCAAGCUCCCUAGGGAGCUUGGAAGAAAGCCACUUUCUGCAAGCAUCAUUGGACUCAUCUGACAGUUAUUCUGAGCGGAGAGAAUUAAGCAUGAGUCCUUACUAUAUGAAGAGCAUGACACCCAGUUCAUUUGAAGCAGCACUUCGUCAGAAAGAGGGUGAACUUGCUUCAUAUAUGUCACGCUUGGCAUCACUAGAAUCUAUUCGUGAUUCCCUUGCUGAUGAGUUGGUCAAAUUGACAGCACAGUGUGAAAAGUUGCGGGCUGAGGCUGCUGUAUUACCUGGCUUACGAUCAGAGCUAGAAGCACUGAGGAGGAGGCAUUCUGCUGCAUUGGAAUUGAUGGGUGAACGUGAUGAAGAGCUGGAGGAACUUCGGGCAGAUAUUGUAGAUUUGAAGGAAAUGUACAGAGAACAAGUCAAUUUACUUGUGAAUAAGAUCCAGGUAAUGGGUUCGUCAAUGGGCAAUGUCUAAUUUGGCCGUUGAAGGGGUUGGGAGAAUCGAAAGGGUAGUGUCCAGCAACGAUUUUGAGAUAGCUGUCGCUGAGUUGUGUGAGGUCAAUUGGCACAGUAAUAAUAUAUUGAAGAUUAGUAGUGCCUUUGGUGGUCUUUGGAGAAUGAUUCCUUGAAGUCUAGUCUUGAUUGGAAGAUUUGUAUUUUGUUUCUCUGGGCAACAGAUACUGAUAGUCACCCUGGCUAAAUAUGAUUUGUAUUAUGAACGUUGUAUAGUUCAUCUCUUAAGAAUUUUCUGAGAUAGUUAAACACAAUAUAGGGUUUUUUCGAGUGUUUGUGAUGAUCCAAACAAACCAUAUAUAUUCCUUUGA